AUGUGGACUUACAUUGAAAGUGAUGGGCUCUAUCAAGUUGGUAUUCGUCGGGGCCCUCUACUAGCUGACCUUUGGAGACGAGGAGCUUGGAAACUUCCCCCUGCAAGAUCAGAAGCUCAAGUCAAUAUUCACACUGAACUCUCUAUGAUUUCUUUAUCAGACGAAGAAGUUGACUCUUACCAUUGGUGGAUCGAUGAUCAACGUAAGGACCAGCACAACACUGGCAGUAUAUGUUCUGCCCUUAGAGAAGCAUUCCCCAAUGCUCCCUGGCAUACCAUCGUGUGGUUCUCAGGAGGAAUCCCAAAGCACAAAUUUCUAACUUGGCUUUUUGUGUUGGAUCGUUGCCCAACAAGGGAUCGUCUUUUGAACUGGGGUCUACAAGUAGAUCCCUCUUGUAUGCUCUGCACCUCCAUGCCUGAGUCGCGUGAUCACAUCUUCUUUGAGUGUCCUUUUAGCUGGUCGAUCUGGUCGGUUGUUGCUAGGCGAUGCGCUUUCGUUCCCUCAGAUUCAUGGUCUCAGUCCAUUGAAUCCCUUACACGAUAUAGUGGUCCUCGGGUGGCUAAGAAACUUCUACUUAUUGCUUGGCAGUCAGUACUUUACACGAUCUGGACUGAGAGAAACCACCGAUUGCACCGGAACUUUUUCAAAUCGGCUGAUCUCCUUCUUCGUCAAAUCAAUUCCACCAUUCGAAACAGAGGUUUAAGCUUCCAUGAUAGUAACCCUGACCUCUCCUUGUCUCUACUACAUCUCUGGUUUUCUGCAGCAUAA